AUACGACAUGCUCAAAUCAGGUGGUGGAAUGCUCUACAAGCCAUACAGGGAAUACAACCGCAGCCGCUCUCCAAGGCCCCCGGCAGGCUCUUCGGACCGCGAUAUGUCACUCGCUACGAGCUCAAUAGUGUCGGCAAGCCGCACAGGUACCAAUGAAAACACUUUCAAGUUUCCUGCAGACAAUCAGAAAAGCGGGGACGGGCAAAUGAGGUCGUUGGUCACUGCAGGCAACAUGGCCGGAGCCACAUUAAAGAGUUUGGCAAAUUUACCGGUUCUUACUUCAAAGGCGUAGUGGUGGAGAUCCCGCACGCCGCUGCAGAUGGUUCCCAACAGAUUCCUCGGUUAUACUGGGCAUAACCUAAGAACUAUAGCACUAUGAAGGAUUGGGAGUCAGGGGCUUCGAUGGGUGGUUGCAACUUUGUGGAUGGCAUGACGGACGGGUUCACCGGAUCCUUUACACAGCCCAUCAAGGGGG